CAUUUGGUUAAAAAGAUAAGAGUCAAGAUAGAAUAAGUAGUAUAUGAAAUAAAAAGUAGUCAACGUUUUAAGAAUAAUGCAGAAAGAAAGAUAAAAAUUACUAAAGCGAAGUUUACAAUUUUUUAAGCUAUAUUUAAGUAAUUUGACAAAUUUAUUUCAUUGAUAAAAGCAUUUAAUUUUCCUAUAAAAUACGUAACAGAAAUCUUUGAUACAAACAAAUAAUCAAUCAGGAGAAGUACUGGAUUGUAAUAACAAGUCUCAUAAAUAGAAACUUAAAUAAAUUGAAACGACAAUGGCAACCACAGAAAAUACUGUUCCAUCUGGGCCAAGCAAUUUUCCUUCCAUACCUCCUCCCCCAUCUAGCGGUCAAGCUCAACCAAGCCUAGCCCAAAAACGGUUACAACAGACACAAGCUCAAGUUGAUGAAGUUGUUGGUAUUAUGAAAGUUAAUGUAGAAAAAGUUUUGGAAAGAGAUCAGAAACUAACGGAAUUAGAUCAGCGGGCGGAUGCAUUACAACAUGGGGCAUCGCAAUUCGAACAACAAGCUCAAAAACUGAAGCGAAAACAUUGGUGGGCCAAUAUUAAAAUGAUGAUAGUCAUGGGAGUGAUUGGAGUCGUUUUAUUAAUCAUAAUAAUUGUAUUAUUAUUCAACUGAUUUUCACAACUAUAAAAUACUGUUAAAUGAUGAAAUUAAAAAUGAACAGUGAAUCUAUUAUAUCUAUAAAUUCCAGAAGACUUAGAAAUUAAAAUAUUAAAUAGACAUCCUACAACUUGAUAAUGUUUAAUCGUAAUAUAUUCUGAUUUCUUAUGAACACAUAUUUUUGUCUUCUUAAACCCUCUUGUUAUAUUAUAAACGUAAUACACACAUACGUGUAGCAUAGUAUGUUUUUAUAUUUUAGAAAAGUUUUUUCUUAUAUUAUUUUUUUUUUCACAAAAAAAUUCAAAUAGUAUCAUUGUUCCUUUUCUAGCAAAUUUAAAUCUAAUAAAUCCCUUUUAUGGAAAAAAAUAUGAAAAAUAUAUAAAUAUGUAAUUUAUAAUAACUCGGUUAUUUUAAAAAAAUAUAAG